AUGACUUCGACUCUCCCUCCCCUACCCGCAAAGCAUCAGAACCUGGUCUCCUGGAUCCACGACCACCCAGACACCCCAAUUAAUGAGCUCGUCAAACCCUUCAACGAACAUGAAGCUGUGGUCCGGAAGCUCUUCGCACAGGAACCAUCAAACCCCCUUCUCCAGAACAACCACCUCAACAUCGUCCCCCUAUACGACCAAGCCGGUGCUAAUGACGUCAGAACGCGAGCCCGCAAUCCAGCUGCCGAAGCCCCUGACGUGCGCGACAAGUACGUCCUGCCACUGUCUGAAGAUGCUCGACGACCCAAUGGCUCUCCUGCCGUGGUGUCGAGUCUCGGCGAGUUCAAGAAGAACUUCAAUAUCUUCUCCGAAGGCUCACUUAGUGACAUGGACUGGAGCAACGUAGUAGUGGCUGGUAGCGCGGUGGUAACUUCGCUGCUGCCGGUACCGGAGGAGUAUCGUAGUUCAAAGCGCGCGUUGCGACAGUACUAUCAUGAUAAGUUUGCGCCGGCGUCGGACGUUGAUUUGUUCUUGUACGGACUGAGCGAGGAGCAGGCCCUCGAGAAAAUCAAGAUGAUCGAGGAUAAGGUGAAGAAUGCUAUCUUAUAUGAGACGACGACCGUGCGUACAAAGAACACUAUCACUAUCGUCUCGCAGUAUCCGACACGUCAUGUCCAGAUUGUCCUGCGUAUUUACAAGUCCAUCGCGGAGAUCCUGACGGGUUUCGAUGUUGAUUGCUCGUGUGCCGCGUUUGAUGGAAACCAGGUGUAUGUCUCGCCGAGGGCUUUGGCGGCGUAUGUGACGCAGACGAAUCAGAUUGAUUUGAGUCGACGGUCGCCGUCGUAUGAGAAUCGGUUGUCGAAGUAUUCUCACCGCGGGUUUGAGAUUUAUUGGCCAGCGUUGGACCGGUCCAGAGUUGAUCCGACUAUCUUUGAGAGAAGCUUUUCGAGAACUGUCGGUCUGGCAAGACUCCUUGUGCUCGAGAAAUUGCCCAGAUCUUCGGAUCGAGAGGAGUACAUGGACCAGCGACGGCGCGAGCGCGGACGGCCUGAACGGGUGCGAAGAGGUCGGGGCGAGUUGAACGGUAACGUCAAGGCUGACUGGGAGGAUGAGACUCCGGAGUGGAUGGAGGGUGAUGAGGUGUCGGAGUAUAACACCGUGACUAUACCAUAUGGACCCCGGUUCCAUGCGAAAAGAAUUGAGAAACUGCUCUAUACCAAAGACCUGCUUCUUAACGCAGAAUGGAAUAAGCCGAAAGACAGAGAGGUCCAUCUGCAUCGUCACCCUGCGUUCUUCGGCGACGUGGAAGACGUUAUCCAUGAUUGCUGCGGCUACUGUCCCGAGCCGGUAACACCUGAAGAAAAAGAAGUUGCGGAGAAGGAAAGCAAGACGUACAUCUCCGGCGAGAUCUUGUUUAUCAAAGAUGACCCGGGACGCCAGGAGGUAGGAAGUUUCAAUCCCACCACCGAGACUGAUUGGACAGAAAUGGCGUACAUCGGAAACACCGAGCGCUUGUGCCACGCCAUUGUGGACGGGGAUCUGGACGCGGUUAAGGACUGGCUGGCCGGGGAAGAUGCGGAUCCGAACAGCCGCGACUACACCGGGCGCGCGCCCUUGCAUCUUGCUUGCAUGACGUCGACACCUGAAAUUGUACAAUGUUUGGUUGAUCACGGCGCUAGGUUGACUGCUCGUGUGGCAGACGGCCGGACACCUCUUCACAUCGCCGCUGCCAGAGGAAGUGUGGAGAUCGUCAGAAUCCUGCUACACAAGAGUGAGGAGAAUGAAGCCGAGGAAGACAAAAAGGCAGACCUGCGCAAGGCCAAGGCUGCGAAUGAUGCCGCUCCUGAAGAGACCGGCGAUGAAGACGUUGAAAUGGUCGAUGCCAAGGAUGACGCAACCUCAACGACUGGAUCCUUCGUCAAGGUUGAGAAGGAACCUGAAAGCCGUGAGGGUGCUGAAACCCUACCCGGGGACGAAAACGACGAUGAGCCUGAUAUCUACGACAUCAAUGUUAUCUCCUGGGACAGCCGCACGUCUGCACUUCAUCUGGCCAUCCUGAACAAUCAGGUUGGUGUCGUGGAAGAGCUCGUCGGUUCUUUCGGAGCGGACGUCCUGCUACCCAUUAAACUACUCCACAGCUACGAUAACAGUCCUCGCGCGGCCAUCCUAACUCUUGUCCUUGCCCUUCGACUCCCUCUUGACCAAGCAAAGGUGAUGACCGAGAAGCUUCUGCAACUGGGCGCCACACCAACCCAGGCCGAUCUGGAUCACAACACCCCCCUUCACUAUAUUGCUGCCACAUCUUAUCGCGACCUGAUCGAUGUUUACUUCAAAUUUAAUGAACCAGCCACCAAAAAGGCCUUGGACCACAUUGCCAUUACCGGCCGGUCCUGGCUCCCCGUCAUGUAUUCUGCCCUGAUGGUGGCGAUCAAUGCGAAGGACAGUGUCAAUGCGAUAAAGCUGCUCGAGCACGGAGCGUCCCCGUCCAUAUCGUUCAAUAGCUGGUUUAAGUCUAGCGCAGCAGCGACGCCCCACAUCCGCAAUUUGAACAGCGAGACGAACAUGCGGUCUUUCCGGCACGGCACGACACAGCCCAUCAUCCAAGCCGUCGGCAGUGAGCUUCCGGACGUUGUGCUCGAGCUCUUGAAUCGGGAUGUCGACCCGAAUACCCUGGACAAGGCCGGAUACGAGGCGCGCGAUUCGGACAACAAGUGCAGCUACUAUCGGGGCAAAUCUCUCUUGGACCUUGUUCAGGAAAAACUCAAGGAGCUGCGAGAAUACGAGGGCGAGACUCGUUUCUUUGUGGCACCGUGUCCCCUGGAAUCGGAUGACGUUUACUUCCAGGGCCUGGAAGAGGGAAGCUACAAGAUGUGGCUGGCGAGAGAGCAAGUGCGGAGCGCGCGUGUGGAUUACAAGGAGGACAAGGAGGACUAUGACAAGAAGGAACGAGAAUUCAAACAGAGAAAGGGGCUUGACGAGAAGAAGACUGUCGUUCAGCGCCUUAUCCAGGACUUCGAGAAGGUAGAGCAGAUCUUGCGUGAGAAGGGUGCCAAAAACUUCCAGGACAUGUACCCCGCCAUUGAAUCGACCGCGGUAACCUUCAAUCGAACAAAGUAUACGGCCGCGGAGCCUGAAGCGUUGAAGCUAAAGUGGGACUUCAACAUUCCAGACCUGACGGAUGAAAAGCGGAACGGAUAUUUCAAACUAUUCGAGGCAGCGUGGACCGGUGAUCUCCAGACGGUUCACGCGCUUACGCUGGGAAUGUGGGGAGACGAUAACCAACAGCAACCUCUCCAGAUCACCGUCUGCGAUAACACUGGCAUGUCGCCGUUUUGCAUCGCCGUCAUUCGCGGACACUUUGAGAUAGCCAAGCUCAUACUGGAGAUCGCUCAGGCCCAAUACAAAGUGGUGGAGACGAAGAAGAACGAGCGGUAUGACAUUGACGAUGACAGUGAGGUUGACGACGACAGCGACGACAUCCGCAUCACUAGCGAGACGAUUGAUGACAAGUUUACCGUGGAUGAUAUCGGGGCGUUGGACUUCGAUGUCGGAAGCACGGUCCAUCCUGGGAACCUGAUAAUUCGCGAAUACCCCGUGUCGAUGUUCAUGCAUGAUCCACCGAAGAUCGGCCUGAUUUUUACCCGAAAUGGCUCUUUUGAUCUCAUCCAGUAUGCCAUCCGGGAGGACAAUGUCCCUGUCUUGACAUUCAUGCUUGACAUGGGACAGAAGUACCAGACAAGAGAUGAAACUACGGGGUCUGAGAUCUUCAGUGUGUACCGGCCUACGAUCGUUCUGGCGAUUGAGCUUGGUCGAUUGCGUUGCUUGGAAGAGAUCAUCAGCCGUACAGGAGCGGAUCUGCCAAUCAACCAGCUGGUCAAGAGGAGUGGCGUACAGGUCCAUGAGAAGCCCAAAUUCUACCAAGGUUUGUCUAUCCACGGACUCAAGCGUACCGACUGGGCCGCUGCCAGUGUUGGUCGGGGGCGGAGGAGGCCAGAAGAGUCCGACACGGACCAGCAUCCCCCUCUGUUGGUGUCUGCCUUCCGAGGUAGUUUAAAGAGUACGGAGUGGUUCCUGAGUACUGCUCCGGCACGUCUUUACCUCAACUUCACCAAGGAGCAUGCGGACGACAAACGGUUGAGCCUGCUAGCCCAGUCUACGAAUGGAGUUGAGAAAUCUGUCAAAGCCUGGCUGAACACUAGGAGUCACUUGGUCCUCCACUGCGCCGUCAUGGCCAAACCCACCCCCGAAUCCACCGAACUAGUCCAGUACCUCAUUACCCACUACCCAGAGUAUAUGGAAAUCAAAAGCGACUACGGAUACACUCCGCUCGCGCUUGCCUAUUCCCUGCGCCGUGUAGUAUUCGCCGAACUGCUUAUCAAAGCAGGCGCCAACCAGGCAACCCGGGACAGUAUGGGAAACAACCUGGUCCAUCUGAUGCUGCGCAGCGCCAGCGGAGACCAUCUCGAGGUACCCGACAGCGUGACCAAACUGCUCAGCUUGUUGGACACUCGUCUCGUGUACUCCAUGUUUAGCGAGCGCUCGUCCGACGGGCCCGGAUCCCUGACUCCCUUCGCGCGCUGGAUGCAUUUCACAAACACACCAGGACGCUCCUACAGAAGAAGCUCAGAUUACUCAAAUAACCUUAACAUGGAAACCGACGAGCGCGUAGAGAUCGUUCGCGCCCUACUUGAUUUCGCCGCACCCACAGGCCAGAAACAUCUCGAGAUGCUCGACGGCACCGGGAACACGCCGAUCCACGACGCCGUGAAAGGCCAGGUUCCCCGGAUCUUCGAAAUGAUGAUCACCCACCGCCCGGACCUGCUGCACCGCGAGAACUCGACCGGCACGACACCGCUCGAGCUUGCCGUCGACGCGUGGACCGCCGAAGUAACCCAGAACCCGCCCCCGAUCCCCAACAAAGAUUCGAGAGCAUUUUGGGAUGAAACGUCUGGAGAACAGAACGUGGUUGACCGAUCGCCUGAGGAUCUUGUGAAGAAGCCAGCUCCAAGCGAGCGUAAGAUUAUCUGCGAUAUCAGUCGCGCGAGAGUUAGCGGACGGUCGGAGAAGCGGAAAUUAGUGAGCUUGAAUGAAGCUAAUGAGGUGGCCAAGCGACUAGCGGUGCAGAGCGAGGCCAAGGCGCGGGCGAUUCGAGCGAACGGUGGUGUGCUUGACGAGAAAACGGUGGGGUGGUCGGAUGAGGUCAUGAGGUGGUAUGACACGGCGAGGCAGUGGGAGUGA